AUGGAUGAAAAGAAGAAACGAAUAACCGCCAUGACGUCCGCGGAAAUGUGUAUUGUUUCGCAAUGGUACGUUCAAAAUUAUGAAGUGUAUCACGGAAUCACUACAUUAUCCUCGAAAUACGGACUAUCAUUCACGCAGCGUAAGCAGAAGUUGUUGGAGGAUAUCUGUGAAGACCUAGUACGUAACGGCUUUUCAACGCGGACUCCUGAGCAGAUCAAUCAGAGAAUAAAAGAUACACUAAAGACGGCGAAAAAGAUAAGCGCGUUAGAACGAAAUGAAGAGGCGAAGACAGGCGGUGGUCCUCCGAUCUCCAUAGCAGCUCCUCCUCAUGUGAAAAUAGUAAUUGAGGGCUGCGACAAUAGACCGCGCCUUUCGGGUCUGAAGAAACCUUUGGAAAUCAAUGCAAACGCUGCAAUGAGUCGUACACUAACGUAA